AUGGUCGACGGGGCGAGUGCGACACGCCACGACAGCCCUGCUGAUACGUGUCUGGGUCGGUGGAUGCGGCCUGUGGUGGAUGCGUUUCCGCGCAGCCGGCACCGUGUGCGGUGCAGGGCCAUUGCGGCUGUGCAUGUGGCGCUGCUUGUGGCGUUGGUGCUGGUUGCUGCUGCGGCAUGGAUGCCCGCGGUGCAUGCGGUGGUGUUGCGACUGCGGGGCGGCACGGUGAACAGAGCCAUCACGGUUGGCCGCGCCGUGGACACGGUGCUGAUGGACGGCGUGUACAUGAAGAACGGCGUGGCUGUGGUGUUCGACAUUGCGGCGAUGCUUCGCGGUGCGCUGCGCAUCGAAUUGAGGAACUGCGUGUGCGACGGCGGUGCGCAGAUCUACGUGCGGGGCUACAGCGGCGAGCCGACGAGUGACCGGAGCCUGGUGGUGAGCGUGAGCGGGCUGUCCGGGAGCUACUGCUCGCUCGUGUUUGUGGACAACCUGCCGGCACACACGAACGUGACGGUCCGUGACUCGACGAUUGUGACGGCGGGGCCGAUGCGCUACUCGCAGCUGAGCGGGCUGACGGACGCGGUGGCUUCGCCGCUUGUGCUGCACGCGACGUCGCUGUUGCAGACGCAGCUGCGUGUGAGCAACACUGUGCUGAGGUCGUCGCAGGCGGGCGGGUCGGCGCUGUACGUUGGCGGCGGUGUGGACCUGCUGUCGAGCGCGGUGGUGCUUGACGGCGUGUUGCUGGAGGCGUCGGGCGGUCCGACCGCUUCCGCGAUGCAUGUGGCGUCCUCGUCGCGUCUCAGUUUGCGGAGCCACUCGGUGUUCUCCGUGACGAACGUGUCGGUUGUGAGCAGUGGCGGCGGCAUUGUGCUUGGAGAGCGUGUUGCGGUGCUUGAUUCGGUGCUGCGCUUCGUGCGCGUCGAGGGGUCUGUUGCGUCGUUGCUGGUGCGCUGCGACGGUGGGACUGUCGGUGACGGCGGGUGGCUGGACCUGCACGGCGUGUGGGCGGUGGGCGAGGCGUCGUCUGUGGCAUCGCUGUCGGGGGUGACGCUGAGCGGCGGCACCGUGUCGAUUGCGCGCUGCGCUGCCACCGGUGCGACGCUUGUCUCCGGGCUGGCGAUCACGAGCGGCGUCGUGUCGGUGCAGUGCAACCGUGCUGGCGGCCGGGUGCUGCAGAGCGGCAGCGACUACCGCAUGGCCGGCCUGCCCUCCGUGAGCGUGGUGCCGUGCGACGGCUGUGCGGCUGCGCUGGCGUGCUUCGAUGCGCUGACUGCUUCGUUCUCCGACUGCGUGUGCGGCUGCCGUGCCGGCGGCGUGGGCGAGGCAUGCCUGCCGUUCGACGUGCCGCCUGCGAGGGCCAGUGGCGGUGCGGGAGACUGCGUGAGUGGCGUGACGCUGACGGAGUCGGUGACGGUUGGCGGCGGGCGGGCGACGGCGUGCUUUGACUCGGUGGUUUUCAGCGGACCGAUCACUGUGACGGUGGACCUGCGCUUGAUGGAUGCGUUUGCUGACGCGCUGAACGUGACGCUGCGCGACUGCGUGCUUGCGGGUGGCGCACAGCUGCGGAUUGGCGGCCUCAGCGAGAGCACGGCGCGCCUGAUGCCGCACGCCCUCGUCAACAUGACGAACGUGACGUCGCUGGAGGGCACGAUUGUGCUGCAGGGCACGAUGCCGCUGCACUCGAGUGUGCUGCUGGCGAACUCAACGCUGCGCGCGACGGUUGGCGGGUCGCAGUACGUGCCGACGACCCGUGGCCAUGCGGGAUCCCGGCACGGCCCCGCGCUUGUCCUGGACGGUGUCCGGCUUCUGUCGACGUGUUUUGUCAUGACGCGGUCGACGCUGGUGUGUGGCGGCUGUUCGUGCGCUGCGAUCCUCGUGGAGCGCGGCCUUGGCGUGAACCUGUCCAGCGUCUUCUACAUGGACAACUGCGUUAUUAGGUCGCGGACGCACGUGAUGUACGCUCUUGCGUCGGACCUGCGUGUGG